GCCGCCUCGCCGUCCCUUCCCCAAGGCGGCGGUGGCGGCGGCGGGCUUGGCGGCGCCCCAGCCGGCCACGCGCUCCUCGGAGGGGGCAGCUGCCCCCGCCCCGCCCUCCCAAGGGAGGCGCCGGCACCAUAUAAGGGGCGCGCGGAGGAGCAGGCGCCGGGUCGUUGCUGCCGGCGCGCGAAAGCCGCGAGAAGGAGCUGCCGGCCGGCCGCUCGCUCGCUCGCUCGGUGGCGCGUCCUGCGGGUGCCGGCGAGGGGGGCUCGAGAGCCGGCUCGGACCGGUGCUGCCGCUGCUGCUGCUGCCGCCGCCACAGCAGCGGGCGCCCUCGGCUCUCUGCCUGCCCUUUCUCUCCCGGCCAGACCGGCGGCGGCGGCGGCGGCGGCGGUUCCGUCUCCCCACCGCGCGCCCGGCCUCGCCAUGUCUGGCGGCGGCGUGGUGAAGAAGCGCGGCUCGGCCGCCUCGCCGGAGGAGGAGAAGAUGCUGGCGGCGGCGGCGGCGACGGGGGGCUCCGGGGACGCGCCUCCGCAGCAGCUGCAGCAAGAGCAGGAGGCCGGGGGCGGCGGCGUGUGCGCGUCGGCCUCCUCGGGCGCGGGCGGCGAGGCGUCGGAGGAGCCCGGCGGCGGCGGCGUGGCGCUGAAGCGCACCAUCACGCUGCUGAACGGGGUGGCCAUCAUCGUGGGCACCAUCAUCGGCUCGGGCAUCUUCGUGACGCCGACGGGGGUGCUGCGCGAGGCCGGCUCGCCGGGGCUCUCGCUGGUGGUGUGGGCGGCCUGCGGCGUCUUCUCCAUCGUGGGCGCGCUCUGCUACGCCGAGCUGGGCACCACCAUCUCCAAGUCGGGCGGCGACUACGCCUACAUGCUGGAGGUCUACGGCUCGCUGCCCGCCUUCCUCAAGCUCUGGAUCGAGCUGCUCAUCAUCCGGCCCUCCUCGCAGUACAUCGUCGCCUUCGUCUUCGCCACCUACCUGCUCAAGCCCCUCUUCCCCGCCUGCGCCGUGCCCGCCGCCGCCGCCAAGCUCGUCGCCUGCCUCUGCGUCCUGCUGCUCACGGCCGUGAACUGCUACAGCGUGCGAGCUGCCACCCGCGUGCAAGAUGCGUUUGCGGCCGCAAAGCUGCUGGCGCUUGCCUUGAUCAUCAUCCUCGGCUUCGUGCAGCUUGGAAAGGGCGAGGUGUCCAAUCUCAGCCCGGAGCACUCCUUCGAAGGCACGAAAAUGGAAGUCGGGAACAUUGUCCUCGCUCUGUACAGCGGCCUCUUUGCCUACGGAGGCUGGAAUUACUUGAAUUUCGUCACAGAAGAGAUGAUUAAUCCUUACAGAAACCUGCCUCUCGCCAUCAUAAUCUCCCUGCCCAUUGUCACCCUGGUCUACGUGUUGACCAACCUUGCGUACUUCACGACUCUAUCAGUGGAUGAGAUGCUGUCGUCUGAAGCCGUUGCCGUGGAUUUUGGAAACUACCACUUGGGGUUCAUGUCCUGGAUCAUCCCUGUCUUUGUCGGUCUGUCGUGUUUUGGGUCUGUCAAUGGGUCCCUCUUCACUUCGUCCAGGUUGUUCUUUGUCGGUGCCCGUGAAGGCCAUUUGCCGUCUGUCCUGUCCAUGAUUCACCCCAGGCUCCUCACUCCGUUGCCCUCCCUCAUCUUCACAUGCAUCAUGACGCUGCUCUACGCCUUCUCCAACGACAUCUUCUCCGUGAUCAACUUCUUCAGCUUCUUCAACUGGCUGUGUGUGGCUCUGGCCAUCAUCGGCAUGUUGUGGCUGCGGUACAAGAAGCCCGAGCUCGAGAGGCCGAUUAAGGUGAAUCUCCUUUUGCCAGUCUUCUUCAUCCUGGCUUGCGUCUUCCUCAUCGUCGUCUCCUUCUGGAUGACCCCAAAGGAAUGUGGCAUCGGCUUCACCAUCAUUCUCAGCGGAGUCCCUGUUUACUACUUUGGCGUCUGGUGGAAGAGCAAGCCGAAAUGGCUUCUCCAGGGCAUCUAUUCCACAACAGUCCUGUGUCAGAAACUCAUGGAGGUCGUCCCUCAGCAGUCUUAAAGAUGGGGGAAACGUCGACAUUCGGUUCAAGCCAACGCACAAUAUUAUUUUAGAAAUACGAGCACUCCUGAUUUCUCAUUUAAAAUAAAGUCUAAGUCAGGGACUCGAGGUGAACAGUCCCCACCGCCCUGCAGCCCGCAUGCCCUGACCGUCCCGUUCCUCGCUUUCUUCCUUGACCAAGCCAGGCAGCUGACAAACAACAGAGGAGGAAGAAUUCUGGGUGUCACUUCAGUCUCGGGAGAGAAGCUUCUGCUGGGAACUUCAAGAGGCCUCAAGAAAUCUGCUCAGUGGGAAGCCAAGAGGACAUUACGUUUACAUGUGUGGCUGGACCCUUAGGUCUGUUUUCAAUUUGUUCUCUUAUUUUUUUAAAUUUUUAUUUAGUGAGAGGUUUAAUUUCUCCACCCCAGGUCCUGUUAUGAAAGCUGCCAAGAAUCACUGGCAUUCCACAGGUGCCUUCGCAGAAAUUGAUCGCCUGCAGACCAAUCCACCUGGCGACACAGGACCUCCAUGGAGAAAUUUUUUUGCCUGAGUUCUACACUCCUUGGCACACAGACAGGUGGGUGCUUCUUUUCCUGCCCACCAAAGAAAUCAUUGGACUCUGGUCUCUCCCUAUGGACCUGCACAGCCAUCAGCAAGUUCUGAUCCAGACAGACCUCACUACCCCAACAUGAACCUUUUUAAAAAAACCUUUUAUUUUAAUUAUUAAUAUUUUUUUAGGGAAUCUUUUUAUUUAACAGUUUUUCCCCUAGGGCUCCAUGUAGUUCUUCUGUUUGUAUUGUGUUACAAAUAAACAUUUUGUAUGCUGUCA